AUGUCAACACGUUUCACUCUAGUCUUCUACGUGCCCAUGGCCGCCGUCGAGGCCUGCAAAACCGCAAUUUUCGCCGCUGGCGCCGGCAAGUACCCUGGCCAGGGAGAGUACACCGAAUGCUGCUUCACCUCCCAUGGCAUGGGCCAGUUUCGCCCAGGUGAUGCCGCGAACCCCCAUAUCGGCCAAGUCGGGGCUCUAGAAAAGGUUGAAGAGGCCCGCGUCGAGACACUGUGCGUUGGUGAGGACGUUGCUAGGAAAGCCGUCGAGGCCCUCAAGAAGGCUCAUCCUUAUGAGGAACCUGCUUAUGCCGUGUUUCGGAUGGAGGACUUUUGA